AUGAAUCUAGCAACAUCGACAUCCAUGUUGGUUUUAAUUUUCUCCAUGAUUAUUGCUGCAGGUGCUGAAGCGGUGGAUAAUUUAUCAUUGGUAGAAGAGCAAGAAGAAGAGCUAGUUCCGGCUAUGGGAACAACGGUGGAGUUUAGAGAUAUCGGUGAUGCCUUUGGGGAUGCUAACAGUUAUUGUCAAACAUGCUCAUGCUGUAAGGCAUCCAAUCCCAACGCCUGCAGCAAUGUGCCGUGCUGUUAUGCUCUCAAAUGCAACCUUCCUGGCAAGCCUCCUGGCACUUGUGCCUUUACGCCUGUGGCUUGCAAUUGUAACAAUUGCAGCUAA